AUGAUUGUUCUAGGCAUAAAUUCAGUAUAUCACGAAUCUUCUGCAUCAAUUGUCAUUGAUGGCCGGAUAGUGGUUGCCGCAGAAGAAGAACGAUUUAAUCGUUACAAACAUGGUAAACCCGCUAAUGUUGAUAAUCCUCAUUUACUUCCACUACAAGCCAUUAAAUUUUGUCUAAUCGAUGCCAAUUUACAUCCAGAUGAUAUCGAUUUAAUUGCGUUUUCCUUUGAUCCUACGCUGCGUGAAAAAUACUUCAAAUUUGACCCGAUAAGUCUUACCGGAGACUGGGGAAGCCCAGAAGGGGAAGAUAUAUUCCGAAAAGGGCUUGACAAGGUCAAAAUUUCUUUGACUCAAGUCUUGGGAGACAAAGCGGCAGAAAAACUUGUUUGGAUUCCUCAUCAUUUAACUCAUGCUGCGUCUGCUGUUUUUCCUUCUGGAUUUUCAGAAGCAGCAGUUUUGGUUAUCGAUGGUAUUGCUGAAAACGCAAGCACGAUAUUGGGCUUUUAUGAGAAGAAUAAGCUUGAAAUCAUUCAGGAAAUUCACUAUCCUCAUUCUUUAGGUUUUCUGUGGGAAAAGCUCUGUCAGUUUCUAGGUUUCUCCGAGUACGACGCAUGUAAGGUGAUGGGACUUGCCGCUUAUGGACAAGGUGAAAUUCUGAAAGACACUUUUUCCCAACUGGCACAGAUAACAGAUGAUGGUUUUAUUCUGGAUAAAAAUAUUCUAUGCUUUCGAGUUCCUGAGUUUAAACAAUUAGAAACACUUUUUGGCAAAAGAAGAAAAAAGGACGAUCCGAUAAAUGAACAUCACCAAAACAUUGCUGCCGCUCUUCAAGCGUUCACUAAUGAAGCAGUGCUGUCCUUAGUUAAACGUCUUUAUCAUCUCCACCCAUCAGACAAUUUGUGCUUAGCUGGAGGUGUAGCACUCAACUGUGUAACUAACUGGUUGGUUAAAGAAAUCGGAAAAUUCAAAACUGUCUUUAUUCCUCCAGCGCCCCACGAUGGAGGAACCGCAAUAGGUGCCGCUUUGUAUGUUUAUCAUACUAGAACUAAUCCAAAAAUAUCUCCUGCAUUGCAGUUGAAUCCUUAUACCGGGCCAGAGUUUUCGACAGAAGAAAUACGUUGUGCGAUAGAGAAAUCUGGUUUAUAUGGAAGAAUUUCCAAGGACAGUGCUGUUGAAGCAGCUGGUAUGAUAGCAAAUGGUAAAAUAGUUGGUUGGUUUCAGAACCGCAUGGAGUUUGGUCCUCGAACCCUUGGUAAUCGUUCUCUGUUAGCCGAUCCGCGUCAUGUUAGUACUAGAGACUUGCUAAACCGGAAGGUGAAACACCGAGAAGAUUUUCGUCCCUUUGCUCCGAGUGUUUUAGCAGAAAGGGCAAAUGAAUGGUUUGAAAUUGGUCGUCCUUCUGAAAGUCUGAAGUAUAUGCUAUUUAGUUGUCCAGUAAGACCUGAUAAAGCAGAAAAAAUUCCAGCGGUACUUCACAUUGAUGGAACGGCAAGGCUCCAGUUAGUGGACAGAGAACUUAAUAUUAGUUAUUACCGAUUGAUUGAGCGAUUUGAACAGCUUACGGGGAUUCCUCUCGUUCUUAAUACUUCCUUCAACGAUAGCGAACCUAUAGUCUGUUCGCCUGCAGAUGCUCUUUUUACAUUCAAACACACCCUGAUUGAUGUGGUGAUAAUACAAAAUUUUGUCAUAGAACGUGGAAAUUAA